UCCCGCCCGGUGACAUCGUUCUUCCCCGGCGCGGCUAUAAAGCCACCGCCGCCGCCGCCGCAAGGUGCGCGCUGCUGCCGUGCUCGCCCGUCACGGCGCGCCGCUCCCUACGGCCGCCCCGCGCACGGCAGUCCGGUGCGCGCCGCCGUCCCGCCCGCCGUGCCAUGGACUCGGACGCCAGCCUGGUCUCCAGCCGCCCGUCCUCCCCGGAGCCCGAUGACCUCUUCCUCACGGCCAGGAAUAAAGGCAGCGGCGGGGGCUUCACGGGCGGCACCGUGUCCAGCUCCACGCAGAGCGACUCCCCGCCGGAGCUGAGCGCCGAGCUGCGCAGCGCCAUGAGCGCUGCGGGGGUGGUGGUGGUGGACAAGUUGGGCUUCAAGUCCUCGUCGUCCUCGUCCUCCUCGUCCUCGUCGUCCUCCUCCAAGAAGGACAAGAAGCAGAUGACGGAGCCAGAGCUGCAACAGCUGCGGCUGAAGAUCAACAGUCGGGAGCGCAAGCGAAUGCACGACCUGAACAUCGCCAUGGACGGGCUUAGGGAGGUAAUGCCCUAUGCCCACGGCCCGUCGGUGCGCAAGCUCUCCAAGAUCGCCACGCUCCUCCUGGCGCGCAACUACAUCCUCAUGCUCACCAACUCCCUGGAGGAGAUGAAGCGCCUGGUCAGCGAGAUCUACGGCGGACACCACGCCGGCUUCCACCCCGCCGCCUGCCCCGGCGGCAUGGGCGCCCACUCCGCCCCGCUGCCCGGCCAUCCGGGCCACCCCGCCUCGCACCCCGUCCACCACCCCAUCCUGCCCCCAGCCGCCGUCUCCAGCGCUUCCCUGCCCGGCUCCGGCCUCUCGGCCGUCAGCUCCAUCCGGCCCCCCCACGGGCUCCUCAAGUCGCCCUCAGCUGCGGCCGCCGCCCCCCUGGGCAGCGGCUUCCAGCACUGGGGGGGGAUGCCCUGCCCCUGCAGCAUGUGCCAGGUGUCGGCCCCGCCGCACCACCACGUCUCCGGCAUGGGCACCGCCAGCCUCCCCAGAUUAGCCACCGAUACCAAAUGAGUCCCUCGGCGGAGCCGUUCCGCCGCGCCCCGCGCCGCCCGGGCACCUCCAGGACCUACAAACGCGCCCUCCCCGGAGGCAGCGGGUCCCCCUCGCCCCCGGGGCCGUCGGAGGGGCGGUAGAAGGGGAUGGACGCCGGCCUGGGCUCUGCCCGGCUCCCCAAACGGCGGGGAAACCACCCCAACACAAGUAAACGGCCGCGCAUCUUCUUUAUUUUUAAUUUUACGUUGUUGUCGAUAACUUCGCUAGGAGGGGAAAACAGACCUAGGCUCGUCGCAAACGGAGGAACCAAAACUGCAAAGGGGUUUUUGCUCGUUUUUUUGUUUGUUUGUUCGUUCCUCUACCCCCCUCAAGGUUUCGUUUCUACACGUAGAGCCUUUGGGGCAGUUUCUAGGUCACAUCCCAGCCAGGUGUCUGCCACUGGACUCCCGGCACUGGCGGGGAGCAGCGGGGCUCUGGGUGGACGUGUAGCCGGGAAACUCGGUUUAUUCCUCCGCUCUCCCGCCCGCCGUUUUUUUAAUUUUUAUUUCUGUUUCGGGAUUUGUAAAUAUACCGUUCAACGAUAACGACGCAAGUCUGCUCUGCCUGAGCUUUCCGUCCGUGCACUUGUACUGUGUAAGCCUCAUACGUGAAUAAGGGGUCGGUUUGCUUUGAUUUCGUUGUUUUGGGUUCUUGGGGUUUGUUGGGGGUUUUGGUUUUUUUUAAGCGUAUAACACUUUUUUUUUUCGUUCCUGCCAUCUUUAACAAAGUUUGAACUCUCUAAUGCUCUUUCUGUGUAGGAACUUUCACAUUGUCCUUGUUGCAAUACUGAGAACUUGGGCUUGUUUCUGAAAUAACAACUUUUCUUAUCGCUGUCCCUUGCAGAGAUUUUAUCAUCUGUUUAUUUUUGUAAAAAAAAAAAAAAAAAGAAAAGAAAAAAAGUUGCUAAAUAAUAUUUAUUACUUGUUUGGUUGGAAAAAAAAAGAGUGAUCCAUUGUUGAGAUUUUAAAUAAAAAUAAAUUUUAAAAAGAAAAAACACACACAAAAAGGCAUUUUAAAUAAA